AUGGCUCAUAAAGCUUGGAAGACAUGGGUGAAAAUCGCUUUCAUACCCCUCGCGUUACUCACCACCACAGUCGCCGAUUUCACGGAAUGUCAGAGACCAUGCGACUGUCGAUGGCAAUCCGGGAACAAAGCCGCCAUAUGCUCAAAUUCUAGUCUAAGAACAAUUCCAUCAAAUCUCAGCAGUGAUAUUCAAAUACUAGACCUCUCCAAUAAUAAUCUUCAACAACUAUACCAAGAAGCAUUCAAAAAAGUCGGCCUAACCAACCUGAAAAAACUCUUCCUAAAAGAAUGUAACAUCGAAACAAUCCACAAAGCAACCUUCACAACUCUAGCUAUCAUGAUUGAACUAGAUUUGUCUAAGAACAGAAUCCGAUACCUCCACCCGGACACGUUCAAAGGCACAGAGAAACUAAGAUUAAUAAACUUAAGCAACAACUACAUAGACAAGUUAGAGGACGGCUUGUUUCGCAAUUUGAAGUUCCUUCAGAAAGUCGAGGUGAGCAAUAAUAGGAUAGUCCGGAUAGGGACUAAAGCGUUCGUGAAUUUGCCACAAUUGAAGAUACUGCGAUUUGAUGGAAAUAACUUGAGCCACAUGAAACCGGAAACUUUGAUGGCGCUCAGAAACUUAUCAGGCCUCGAUCUGCACAACAAUCCGUGGCGUUGCGAUUGCAACCUGCAAGCGUUUAGAGAUUGGGUCAUCACUCAUAACUUGUACACUCCUCCCACCUCGUGCGCAGAGCCGCCGUCUGUGAAAGACAAACUUUGGAAUGAAUUAGACUCGUCCAACUUUGCUUGUCGGCCUACUAUUUUGGAGCCACUGCCAGACGCAACGGUCAAAAGUUACGAUGAAAACAUUACCCUAACUUGCAAAGUAGUCGGUAAUCCGACACCUGAAGUCAUUUGGCGGUACAACGGAAAGACUGUUGAAAUGAAAGCGUUCGGGGAAAUUAGAUAUAUCGUGUCUGAGAAUACUAUGGAUUUAAUUAGAUGGGUAAAUCUUACCAUAGUAAACGCGCGUUAUAGCGACAGAGGGAAUUACACAUGUAUAGCGGAGAAUCCAGGUGGUAGAGAUGAGAAAACUCUAACAUUGGUACUAUCGAAAUACGGUGGUUACCACACCAUAGCUGGUCUAGAUACAGAUACAUUUGCUAUACUAAUAGGCUGUCUGACUGCCAUUGUAAUUAUAUUUGGAGCGGUCAUGACUGUUUGCUACUUUACUUCACAGAAUAGCGAACUCAAAAGACUGAUUAAGACGGACACGCGUUCUUCAAACGGAGAGGCGUUAAUUGAAUCUGUGGCCUCUGACACAGAGAAGGGGUUGAAACCGGAAAUAAAUCCAGUAACUAAGCCCCCUAGAAAGUACGAUCCACCGCCCUCUCUCACCAGUGAAGUGACAGAGAUGUCAGAACUGAACAGGACUUUGUUGGAUAGUGAAUCUGCGCUAACUUCUACUGAAGACAACAGUCGGAUUUUAGAAGUAGAACUUCCAAAUAUAUCUCAGGAGACAUUAUUGUUGAAUCGUUUAACGCAAGAGCACCAGGCCUACCCACCAGAUCUCCUAUCAUUUCCUCGUAUUGGAGGCGUGCAAGUUUCACCGGCUGGUGGGAUGUCUUUAGAUCGACAAAUAACCCACACUACGGAGAGCCCUAUAAAAUCUCCAGCUUAUGGAGUAACAGCAACUAAUUCUAGUUUGUACGACAGAUAUCAAUCUCAAGGCCCCAUACCGUUCACAAGUUCAAAAGGCUACGUAACUUUACCAAGGAGACCACGAACACAUCUUCCCGAAAGUCGACCGCAAGUAUUUUCAACACUCAACGGCGUGAUACCUUAUUACGACAACUUUAACAUGAAACUAUUUGGUAAUGGAGCAAAUUACUACAGUUUAAACAAAAGCGAAAUGGAUUUAGGGCCUGUCAAUAAGUUGAGCCAAAAUCUAAACGAUUCUGAAGAAAUGGAAAUUCCUUCUCCAGCUCCUGGUACUCCUCAUGCAACGAUACCUAGAAGUAGUCUAAGCUCUCCAAAUAUACAUAACCAACUCUUGAUGCUCCAGGCUAUGUCGAUCAAUGCUGCUCAAGGGAGAAUUCCAAAACCAUCAGAGCAAAGGCCUUUGAAAGUAAUGCUAGCUGAAAACGAAGGGCUGUUAAAGAAUUCUCGGGAUAGGUUAGGUUACAGUGUUAACGUGGUCAGUGGUACUUUAAGGACACGAACUGUGCCUAAGCCUCCUCCAAAACCGCGGAAGAGAAGUGCUUGCGACAUGAAAGAACCUUUUUUGAACACUGGAGAGAAUGCUACCCAAGUGUAG